AUGUCGAGCGUGAUUUCGCACGCGUCGACGUCGGGGAUGGAGGCGCCGCGACGGGUGAUAUCGAACGCGCCGCCGACCGAUCGCGAUCUCGCGCUGAGCGCCGCCCUGGAUGAAAAACUGCACACGGAGGACGUGUACGAAGACCCAGAGGAGUGCACGCGCAGAGAAGAGGUCCUGGGAGAGCUCAACGCGCUGCUGCAGGAGUGGACGCGAACGGCGAGCGCGGCGAAGGGGAUCACGGAGGAUAUGCGACCGUCGUGUAACCUGUACACGUUUGGGAGCUAUAGGUUGGGGGUGCACGGACCGGCGGCGGACAUCGAUACGUUGUGCUUAGGACCGAGACAUCUGAGUAGGGAGGAAGAUUUCUUUGGAUUCGAAGAGAAUGAUUAUGAGGGGUCGUUUUAUGACGUGAUGCGAAAGCAUCCGGGGACGGAGGAGAUUGUGCCGGUGCGGGACGCGAUUGUGCCGGAGAUCAAGACGGUUUUCAGAGGGUUCGAGAUUGAUAUGGCGUACACGUCGUUGCCGUCGUACACGAGCGUGCCGGAGGAUUUGGACGUGUGCGCGACGUCGGUAUUGUUGAAUCUGGACGAUCCCGGGGUGAAAUCGCUGAACGGAUGUCGGGUGGCGGAUCAGCUCUUGAGAGAGGUUCCGAACCACGACGCGUUUCGCGUGGCGCUGCGAACGCUUCGACUUUGGGCACAGCGACGAGGUAUCUACUCCAACGUCGUCGGGUUUUUCGGGGGCGUCAACUUAGCCAUCUUAGUCGCUCGUGUGUGUCAGCUCUACCCCAACGCCGCGUCGUCGAUGCUCGUGUACUCGUUUUUCCAACUGUGGUCGGCGUGGCAGUGGUCGACGCCCGUGAUGCUCGUCCCGAUCGUGGACGAGGGUUUACCCGGCAUGCGAGUGUGGGACGAGCGCGUAAACAAGGCGGAGCGAUAUCAGUUGAUGAAGAUCCUGACUCCGGCGUACCCGGCCCAGAACUCGACGUUCAACGUCUCGGUGAGCACGCUCGAGGUGCUCAAGGCGGAGUUCCGACGCGGCAAGGAGGUGACGAAGAACAUCCUGCUGAACAAGUGCAAAUGGGAAGAUUUAUGGAUCAAGACGUCCUUUCUGACGAUGUACAAACACUACCUCAUGGUGUCCAUCAGCGCCAAAACCGCGGAAGACUUCAAGAAGUGGGAGGGUUGGGUCGGCUCUCGCGUGAAGCUGCUGAUUCAGGGCAUCGAGAACUGCACCGGCGGGCAAAUGCUCGCUCACCCGGGCACGGCGAGGUACAAGGAUCCGGAGAAAGAAGAAAACACGCACGUUAUCUUAUUCCUCGGUCUAUUCCCGUCGAGUCUAAAGAAGAAGGAGAAGGUGGCGAUGAACCUCAACCCGGCGGUGGAGCAGUUUCAGAUGCAGGUGACGUCUUGGAUGGACCGCGCGACGGGGGAAUCGAAUUGGGUUCCGGGAAUGCAAGCCAUGGUGAGGCACGUCAAGAGAAAAGACCUGCCAGGAUUUGUCCGCGAGGAGAUCGACGGAUACGUCAAGGACGUGUACGACGAGAGCGAAGUGUCCGCAGAAGCCGCGUCCAAGAAACGCAAAGACGGCGGCUCCGAGGACGAGAACAACAUCGCGGAUGAUGAAGAACCCAAGGCGAAGAAGGCGGCGACGGAGGACAAAGCCCCGACAAAAAUUCGUGCCGAUGAUCACGAUGAGGUCGCGGGAUUGGCCAUGCUCGCCCACGACGAGUUGGAAAACAAGUCGACCGCGGUGGGUGGAAAAUCGGGCGGAGCCGGAAUCAAGGUGAGCUUCGCGCAAGUCGUCAAGGCUAAGAAAUGA